AUGGAGGACAGUACCACGAGGUGCCAACGUGCACUGUCUCCGAAGCGUCUGUGUGUGAAUGUGUUCACGAUGAACGCCAUCAACUCGAAACUCUUUCCUAUCCACUUUGACCGGCCUACAACGGAUGCUGCUGAGAUUGCAACAAAGUUCUAUAGGUUGGCUCAAGUGCGAUUCGGGAUGUACACAGUUUGUGGUUGCGUUGAUGGCACCCUAAUCAAGUUGGAUGCUCGUAAAACCAAUGAAGCUCAGGUUGUUGACCGCGCCGACAACCGAUCAAUCAACUGCAUGGUGAUUUUUCGGGAAAAACCUUGCGCUUGCUGGGGUUAUGAAGAUGGAUGUGAAUCUUGCACAAACUAUUCCAUGUUCUCCUGUCCACAUGACAGUGGAGGGUGGACAAAAUCCAAAAAGGAGCAAAUACAAUUGUUUUUCGAACAAGGAGAUUUCGGAUACGUGAGGGAGAAGAGGAGCACUUUGAAAGAAUUAUGCUCUUCUACAUCAAAGGAGGGAGCUUCAUUGGAGUGCUCUGAGUACAUGACUUUCUGCAGGGGCAAGAAGAUCUGGCUGGAUGUGAGGCAUUUAGUUAAUCGAACUGACAAUCUCAGGUACAAGAUGGAUGUUCUCAAUCCUGGAAACAUAGGAGGAUACUGCAGGUGGGACACCAGCAAGGAAAAUCAUUUGGAUCACAAAAGUCCUUUGCAGUCAUGGUCACCAGAACUACAGAACUUUAUACCAUUGUCACAAGAUCCUUUCUCUUCUGGGGAGUGCGAUGUAAUGUUUGAAAAACCUGUGAUAAUUAUGAAGCUAGAUGCUCAGGUGAGCAUGUAUCAUCAUUUCUGUGAUUUCUUCAACCUGUAUGCCUCCCUGCAUGUGAACAACAGUCAUCCCAACACCUUCACUACUGAUGUCCACAUCAUCCUGUGGGAGAGCUACCCCUACAGAUCAAGCUUUGCACCUGCAUGGAAGGCAUUUACAAAGUAUCCUGUGAAGACCAUCAAAGAUUAUGAAGGAAAUCGACUCUGCUUCCAUAAUAUCAUGUUGCCCCUUUUGCCCCGCAUGAUUUUUGGCCUCUACUACAACACACCCCUGGUAUAUGGUUGCCAGAGGAGUGGCCUGUUCCAUGCUUUCAAUCGCUUCAUGCUGCAUCGGUUAGGUGUGCCACUUCGCAAACACUUCGACCCAAGCAACAUUCAUGUUGUCCUAUUGUCUCGGAAGACCAAGCACCGCAACAUCAUCAACGAGGAUGAGUUACUGGAUGCUUUGAAGCUAGAAGAAGGAAUAACUGUAACUCGGGUGGAGUAUAGCUGGCAUACAGAUUUUCUAUGGCAAGUGAAGACAACUCAUACUGCAGAUGUUUUCAUUGGCAUCCAUGGUAGUGGGUUGACACAUCUCCUUUUCCUUCCUGAUUGGGCUGUCAUUUUUGAAUUAUACAAUUGUGAAGAUGAGGGGUGCUACAAGGAUUUGGCUCGCCUUCGUGGUGUGGAAUACAUCACCUGGGAAGAUCCUUCUAAAGUUUUCCCCAAUGACAAGGACCGACACCCUGAAGUUGCAGCUCAUGCAAAAUUCACUAAUUAUGCAUUUGAAGUUAAAGAAUUUCUUAGGCUUGUGCAUAAAGCCAUUGCCAUGGUGAAGGCCUCAGCCAACCAUGACAAACCUAUGCACAAUGAACUUUGAAUCUAUGUGAUAUUGCCUGGUUCAUGAUUCUAUCUGAUGCAAAAUUUGUAUCUAUUUUGUUGAAGUGUCCACCCAUGUUUUGAGUUGAGUUUGAUGUGGUUGGUACUUAGCUUUAUUUUUCAUCCCAUCAUUGUGAUGAAUGGAUAAAUUUGCCUGUGUUUUAACUAUUAUGAAAAGCCUUUCUGAACCCAGAGCACAAAAAUCUGUGAAGCAUUUGCAUUAACUGGAUGGCAUCCAUGUAAACCAUACUAGAAGUUUCCCUGGAAUGAGUAACUAGACUGGGAUGAAGGUUCAAAAUGUUAUAAAUACAUGGACAGGAUGUCCAAGAUGAUGCCAUGACAUGGCUAACAGAUGUCUGCCAGGUUUUGUGAAAAUCCAUUGAAUGCAAUGGGCAUUGUGGUUUUCAAUGUUGACUACUGUCGUUUUCAUUAAUGGGCAUGUGGCCUUUCUUUUCUAUUCUUCAUCUUAAUCAUGUUCCACAAUCAUUGGGAUAGUCUAUGUAGAAAUCAGGACUGGUAUCUAUGAUUCAGUUUUCCUGUUAUUUCAGUUCUUAAAUCCUCUACACACAUUGAUUUAAAUUUGUUUAAUUUAAUCUCAAUUGCCAUAUCUCCUUGUGUAUCCUGAAAUUGUAAUUGGAAAGUGCUUGUAUCACCUUGCUACUUCAUUUUGUUCCUGCCCAAUUGGUCUAACUUCAUGCCUUUACAUGGGAUAUUGUUCCAUGAGGUUGCCUUCCUGAAUCUGAGUUAAUUAAAGCUUAUCUAGGUUCUUGGAAGUUUUUGUGAUCUACUAAAAUACCAAACAGAUCUUUUGAGAUGUAUUUGUAAUAAAACAAUCAUGAUUAGUGUUCUGGCUUCUUUCUGGUAUGUAGGCUUCUGACCAAUCAUUUGUUAAAACAAAUUUUAUCAUACACAUGCAUAUUUAUUGACAUAAAUAAAAAAGGGAUAGUAAAAAAAAAUUGCACAUCAAGUAACAUGCCAGGCACCAGUACCUGCAUGGAAAAUACAGCACAAAUAGGGAUGCUUACAAAUUUGAUUUUCAGAGUGAGUCAGAG